AUGUCUCGCCAUCCGGUAAUGGCAAGCCUCGAUUACCGAGAGGAGCUGUCCGAUGCAGAACCGAACGAUGCCGUGCCCUUUGAUGAGGAUGAGGUCGACGAGAUAGAACAAGCUCUAUGGGACAAUUACUACGAUGCCGAAAAGUCGGUGGCUAUGCUUACGAGCAUUUACGAGAACGAGGUACACAAACUGGGCGAGGCAACGAUCGAGGUGUUGGCGCGCCUCGGCGAAGCCUCUGAAAAGGUCACACCGAAACAAAUCAAGGACUCUUUAUGGCAUUAUUACUUUGAUAUUGAGAAGACGGUUGCCUACAUAGACCGGACUUACAUAAAUCCUGUCGAGAAGCCGAAGCCAAAGGCCAAGGCUCCUGUCGAACUGCCGCGGGUCAGGGUCCCGGCGGAAUGGCACUUUUACGGUAUCCCUUGGGCGGGCGGUCUACGCGGCCCGGCCACCACUUUUAUCGAGCCGCCGCGCCCCGGUCCCCGAGGCGGAAGCCCCGAGCACCACACCUUCCACGUCCGCUACCCCCACCGCGCCCGCUACGAAAAAGAACCCAUCAAGCUCGACAUCAGGCUCCUUUCCAAGAGGCGGCGGCAAGAGUCGAACGCGGGCUCGGCCGACGCCGCGACCUCCCAGCAAGCAGCGCAGGGAGGUGGCAAGGUUACGGAAGAUCCACCAAGCACCGAAAUCGACUCUACAGGCUUGGAUGCGGCCUCUGCCCCCGAAAACCCCGUCUUCUGCCAGACAGCCCGACCCUCUUCCUUCGCCGCGACGCUCUUUGGACCCAGCGCAAACGCCCCGGCUCGCCAGGCCGAAUCGUACCCUUUCCCGUACACGAUUUCCAAGUCGUACUCCGCCGAGCCCUUCCUCAAGCCCAGCCCGGACGAUGUUGUGAUGGCGGCACAAGCCCAAGCCGGCAAGAAGGUGGCUGCGCCGACGCAGAAAAAGGGCCCCAAGGGGUCCUCUUCCGCCGCGCCGUCCAAUAGCAACGUCGAGGCCGUUGCCGAGCAGAUGGGUAAGCUCACGACGAAAUUCGAGGCGCGACCCAAGAGCAAGCAGUUGGACGUCGCGAAGGAGUACGAGGCGAUGAAGAAGGACAAGAAGUCGGCGAGCUUCGUCGUUGUUGGUCACGUCGAUGCGGGAAAGAGUACGUUGAUGGGGCGUCUUCUCUUGGAACUCAAGUUUGUAGACAAGGCUUUGGUCGACAAGUACAGGAGGCAGGCAGAAAAGAUUGGAAAACAAUCCUUUGCACUCGCUUGGGUCAUGGAUCAGAGGGAAGAAGAGCGAGAUCGCGGCGUGACGAUCGAUAUUGCAACCAACCAUUUCGAAACGGCCGCGUGCAGAUAUACCAUUCUAGACGCACCGGGACAUAAGGAUUUCAUCCCCAACAUGAUUGCCGGUGCUAGUCAGGCGGACUUUGCCAUCCUCGUAGUAGAUGCGAGCACUGGCGCAUUCGAAAAGGGACUCAAGGGGCAGACCCGAGAGCACGUGCUUCUCUUACGAGCGCUCGGUGUUCACAAGCUAAUCGUGGCCGUCAACAAGAUGGAUAUGGUGGGAUGGUCUAAGUAUCGGUAUGACGAGAUAUCGGACCAGAUCAUGGGGUUCCUGUCGGCCAAGGGCUUCUUGGCCAAGAACAUCACUUUCAUCCCCCUGUCCGGCUUCAACGGCGACAAUCUGACACGGCGGUCGGACGCGCCCGAGUCAACGUGGUACACGGACAUCACGCUCGUCGAGGCCUUGGAUGGUGCAGACCCCAUCACCCGGCCACUGCAGAAAGCCUUCCGCAUGGCCAUCUCGGAGAUCUGGAAGUCGCCGCUCGGCCACGUCACGGUUUCGGGCAAGAUUGAUACGGGAACAACACAGAUCGGCGACGCGCUCGUGGUGCAACCCAGCGGGGAGGAGGCCUACGUCAAGACCAUUAUGGCGGACGCGGACCUGCGCGACUGGGCCGUGGCCGGGGAGAGCGUCAGCAUCUUCCUCACGGGCAUCGACCCGGCGCACCUCCGCGUGGGCGACAUUAUGUGCGCGGCGUCCCAUCCUAUCGGAACGAGCGACACGUUUACGAUGAAGGCCAUGGCGUUUGAGCACAUUAUGCCCAUGCCCAUCGACCUCCACCGCGGGCGGCUGCACUCGGCCGGUCAGAUCUUCGAGAUGGAGGCCAUUCUAGACAAGGCUACGGGCGAGACGCUGAAGAGGCGGCCCAAGGUCAUCCAGCCGGGCGAGGUGGCUAGGAUUACGGUCAAGCUCGGGUCCAAGAUUCCGCUCGAGGCGGGCCAGAGAGUCGUGAUCCGAAGCAGCGGCGAGACGGUCGCGGCGGGCUUGGUGGAGUAG